AUGCGCACGAUCCUACACUCGCGUUUAGCAGUCACCGCCGUGUCCUGCAUGGCACUCACCUUGUCUUCAAUUGGUCUCUCAAGUGCCGAAGAACUCUGCUCCAUCCCACCGUACUCGUACACGGGAGCCAAACAGAGUCAUCCGGAGCUUACGACUGCUAUUGAAACAUUGGAAAACUACGCCAUCGCUUCGUGGUUCACGGAUCGCCAGAGUACCGAUGAACGAUCGACCACAAUUUCCGACAUGCUCAGCCAGUGUUCCGAAGAUACGCGCCUCAGUGUCGUGGUCUACGGCAUCCCUAACAAGGACUGCGCUGCUGGGCUGUCGUCCGAAGGGAGCGUAAAGAGCACAGACGACUACAAAGCUUUCUUACAAGAACUCACGGACGCUGUCGGCGACCGCAAGGUGCUGUACGUGGUUGAACCGGAUGCGUUGGGUCUGCUGACACAAAACGGCGGAUGUGGCGCAUCGGCUGGUUAUCUCGAUAACCUCAAGGUGGCUGUUGCUGCCUUGUCCGCUAACGCCAACGCUGAGCUGUACGUUGAUAUUGGCUACUGGAUGCUGGCCGACAGUGCAAGUAAGGUGGCUACUGCAAUGAAAGAUAUCGGUAGUUCUGGUCGUGUUAAGGGCGUGACGAUCAACACGUCGAACUACCGCUCCAACGACGAAUGUGCUGGAUACUGCACCAACUUCCAGACUGCCAUGGGAUCUACCGAUAUGAAAUGUAUUGUCGACACAAGCAGAAACUACAAUGGCUCUCCUACUAGUGACUGGUGCAACGUCCCUACUGCCGGUAUCGGUAAGCCGCCGACGUCGGAGACCGGCAUCUCGAACAUUGACUACUUCAUGUGGAUCAAGCCGCCGGGAGAGAGCGACGGUGAGUGCCCGACGGGAGGAACUUCGGCAGGCUCCUUCUACUUGGAAGGCUUCACACUUCUGUGGGAUCAAGGAUACUUUGUCAGCGAGCAGGGUAUGUCUAAGAUCGGCGAUGGAUCGGGCACCCCAGCGGGCACAGCGUACCCUACAAGCUUAAGUACCGGUAGCUCAAGCCAGAGUUCGACUGACCAGACCCCACCGUCGCCCACCCCAACUACCGAUAACUCGAGUUGGAAUCAGGAACAAACUGCGGGGACCGUCGCUCCAGCCGACACUACGCCGGCCACUCAAGAAACGGCUACGCCUUCCAUGGCGCCUGUACCAGAGUCAACAGCAUUAUCCACUUCGAUUCCGGUUACUAUGACGCCGUCUACUACGGAACCCGUCACAGAGGUACUCGUUGUUCCAUCGCAAAUUGCUUGCAAGGCAAAAAAGCGUUUACGCUCGCGCAAUUAA